AAAUGGCUCCGUCUAAUGAUCAUUUGCCUUUUUCUAGUCCUCACCUCCGCUUCAUUCUUCUAGAAUUCUUCACCUAAGAAAGCUUUCAGAGACGAGGAAAUAUGAAAUGUACCAUUUUAUACCGUCCUACUAAAUGUGUCUGUCUCUUACAGCAAGAGAUCCGUUCCGUAGAGAAAAGACUGGUGAGAGGUGGUACAGUUCAAAGGCUGAGAUUAAUCUACGAAGCCUGGAGCGCACGCUAGGUGCUCGACGAAAUGCCACACUGAGAGGUCAUCACGUGCCAUGCACAUGACCAUUUCUUUAUCUCCCUCUUGCUCAGCCAACAGUUGUAUAUAAACGCAUCUACUCUGUUUUCUUCUCGUGAACAGAACAAUUCUCUCCCAAGAAAAGCUAACAACUUUUUCUUUCUCAGUCAAAGCCAAAGAAACCA